GGACGCUUCCCGCUGACUCUGGUGCUCGACAACAUCCGCAGCGCACACAACGUGGGCUCGCUCCUGCGCGCUGCCGAGGCUGCGCGCGUCGAGAGCGUGCACCUCUGCGGGAUCACGCCCGCGCCGCCGCACGCGUCGGUGCUCAAGACGGCGCUCGGCGCGGCCGAGUACGUGCCGCACGAGCGGUCGCCGUCGACGCUCGCGACGGUACGUGGGUUGCAGGCGCGCGGUGUGGCUGUGUGGGCCGCGGAGACCUGCCCGGGCCGCUCUGUCGACUUGCGCGAGGCUGCGCUGCCGCAACCGCUCGCCCUCGUUCUGGGCAACGAGCUGAUCGGCGUCGACACGCAGGUGCUGGACGCAUGCGACGGCGUCGUCAGCAUCCCAAUGUUUGGCGUCAAGAACUCGAUCAACGUGGGGACGGCGGGGGCCAUCGUCCUGUGGGAGGCGCUGCGGCAG